UUUCCCUGACUCCUUUUCUCACUCGCUGUGCGAGCGAGCGAGAGAGAUCUUGUUCUCUUUCUAGGGUUUUCCCCUCGGAUUUUCACUCCUCGAUCGUCCCUCCUUUUUCUUCAUUUAAUUUUCUACAAAUCUCUUUGGUUUUUUCGAUCUUUGAAGAACCUCUCAAGACCUCGAUCUCUUUCUUCGCUUUUUCACCUAGGGCUUCUGCUCCCGAUUCGUAGAUUUUACUCCUUUUCUUCUCGUUUUCUCAGCUUCAAUCUCUGUAAAAGAGGUAGAAUACUUCUUCGCCGCUACUUUUUAGGGUUCCUGUGCGAGAUUUGCAGUUUUGUCGGUUGGGUUCCUGGCCAAUACGUUCAAGAAGGUUGGGAGAAUGCAGCAGAGAUUGAAGCAGCAGCAGCAACAGCAACAAGCCUUGAUGCAACAGGCGUUGUUACAGCAGCAGCAGCUCUACCAUCCCGGCGUCCUUGCGGCUGCCAUGUCUCAGAUGGAGCCGGUUCCAAGUGGAAAUUUGCCUCCUGGGUUUGAUUCGUCUUCAUGCCGCAGUGUGUACGUGGGCAAUAUCCAUGUCAAUGUCACUGAGAGCCUUCUUGCUGAGGUUUUCCAGAGUACUGGUCCACUUGAAGGAUGCAAGCUCAUUAAAAAGGAGAAGUCAUCUUUUGGUUUUGUGGACUACCAUGAUCGGAGGUCAGCGGCUCUUGCAAUCAUGACAUUGCAUGGACGCCAGCUUUACGGUCAGGCAAUCAAGGUAAACUGGGCAUAUGCCAGUGGCCAGAGGGAGGACACUUCAGGCCACUUCAAUAUAUUUGUUGGCGACCUAAGUCCUGAAGUCACUGAUGCAACUCUGUUUGCAUGCUUUUCAGUGUAUUCCAGCUGUUCAGAUGCACGGGUUAUGUGGGAUCAUAAAACUGGGCGCUCAAGAGGAUUUGGCUUUGUUUCUUUCCGUAAUCAGCAGGAUGCUCAGAAUGCUAUCAAUGACUUGACUGGUAAAUGGCUCGGAAAUAGACAAAUAAGGUGCAAUUGGGCUGCUAAAGGAGCUGGCUUUGCUGAGGAAAAACCCCAAAGUGAAAACCAAAAUCAAAACAUGGUGGUCCUGACAAAUGGUAGUUCAGGUAGUAUGGAUGGAGGAGGUCAAGAGAAUGUAAGUGACGAGGCCCCUGAAAACAACCCUGCAUUUACAACUGUCUAUGUUGGUAAUCUUGCACACGAGGUGACUCAAACUGAACUCCAUCGCCAGUUUCAUUCUCUUGGGGCUGGUGUCAUUGAAGAAGUGCGUGUACAGAGAGACAAAGGUUUUGGAUUUGUAAGGUAUCACACACACGAUCAAGCAGCCCUGGCCAUUCAAAUGGCCAAUGGAAGGAUUGUCUGCGGCAAGUCCAUGAAAUGCUCGUGGGGCAACAAGCCAACUCCACCAGGAACUGCGUCGAACCCGCUGCCACCUCCGGUCCCUCCAUACCAUAUCCUCCCAACGCCUGGCAUGAACCAGGGCUACUCAGCCACGGAGCUCUUGGCUUACCAGCGCCAGCUUGCCUUGAACCAGGGUGCUGGGUCGGGACUCUCCGGCCAGGCUCUCCUUCAGAUGGCUGGACAGCAGGGGCUUGCUGCAGCCCAAGCAUCUGUGGGCCUCAACUCGAGUGGGACACAGGCCAUGUAUGACGGGUAUCCGAACAACUCGUCAGGUCAGCAGCUCAUGUACUACCAGUGAUGGGAAGAGUUACAUCUGAUUUCUGACUUUUUUUGUUUUUGUUUACUUCUGGGGUGAUGAUGGAGAGUGGGUUGGUAUAGAAAAUUUGCUUCUUUUUUUUCUUUCCCUUUUCUUUUCUUGUUUUGUUUUUAUCUUAUGUUAUUAUGGUUUGCUCCUCUUUGAUCUGCAUUUUCAUGUGGUGUUGUACCUCAGAUCGUAGAUAUUAUCGGUUUUCCAUUCCUAUGACAUCCUGGUUUUGGUUUUGGUUUU